AAGGUACGGCUAUCAACGACGUAACUCGAAUCUGUGGAAGCUCGAAAUUGUCCGUGGUUUCGUUGCUUAUGACCCUUUUUACGAUUAUGAGUAAUAACGAGUGAUGACCCGUCUAUACAAACUCCGAGUAAGUUGCAGCGAGUACGAUGAGGGUCUGGUCGGUUUAUGUAGUUAGCCUGGUUAAGUCGUCCAAAACCAAGUUUUGGCCGAGUGGGUUGCUUCAGAUUGCUCAAAGUCCUGAACUUUACGGGACGACAAGAAGUUGUCGUGUGGGAUUGACAGGGGGUUCUCUGAAUAACAAUGGAAAAUUGGGGAGAACUCGUGGUGUGACUCUUAGACUAGCGCAAGAUGCGAUUAUGGAGUACCUGCACUUCACUCGUGGCUUGCCCUUCAUGGAUGCAGAGUUUAUAAGUAAAAAUUCACCUCAGUUUCUCGAUAGGCUUCUGCAGAAAGUCGAUGCCCGGGACGACAUUGGCCCGUCGAUAUCGCGGUUCUUGCGCUACCACCCUAUAAACGAAUUCGAGCCAUUUUUCGAGAGUCUGGGUUUGAGUCCGUCCGAUUAUGCUCGGCUUCUUCCAAGAGAGAGGAUGUUUUUGAUGGAUGAUCAGCUGUUGUUGGAAAACUAUCAUGUACUGUGUGAAUAUGGGAUUGCACGCGAGAAGAUGGGGAGUAUCUACAAGGAGGCUCCUGAAAUUUUCUGUUAUGAUCGUGGGCUUUUGAUGUUGAAGAUUUGUGCCUAUGAGAAACUGGGGCUUAGUCAGUCUACUAUGGCUAAGGUUAUUGCUGCGAGUCCUUAUCUUUUGACUGGAGAUGUUGAUAAGGACUUCGUCGAGGUAUUAGAGAGUUUGAAGAAUCUUGGAUUUCAGUUCAGACUGAUUGAAGAGAAUAUUUCUGAAAAGGAUUGUUUUAGAUGGAGUCAGAUUCUUGAGCUUCUCUGCUUCUUUAGCAAGAUAGGUUGCGAUGAGGAGCAGCUGAGUGAGUUAAUAAGACACCAUCCAGGAAUUCUCUUUGAAGGUUCAGGGGACAAGACAUGUUCCCUCAGUGGUUAUCUGUUAAAAUUUGGGUCCUCUGUAUGUGAAAUACGGUCAAUGUUUUUGCAGUUUCCAAAUGUCCAAGUUGGAAAGUUUUUGUCAAAUUUGAGACGGUGUUUUCUGUUCCUCACUGAGAUUGACAUGCCGCCUGAAGACAUCAGCAAGAUUUUACGCUCUCAUUCCCCGUGGUUGGGUGCAUGUACUCUGAAGAAACCUAACACCAUAUUUGCUAGGUUAAAUGUUGGAAAAAAGCGGCUUUGUAAAAUCAUCAAGGAUGACCCAACAGAAAUGAAGAAUUGGGUUCUUGGAUCACGAAUUGAGCGACUACCUGAUGCAAGUAAGAAAUUGCUGAAGGUUGAGUUUUUGUUGGGAUUGGGAUUUACUGAUGAUUUAACCAAGAUAAGUGAGGCUGUCAAGUUAUUCAGAGGCAAAGCCGAAGAUCUUCAGGAGAGGUUUGAUUGCCUUGUGACCGCUGGUUUGGAUCGGAAGGACGUCAUUAAAAUGCUGACAGUAUGUCCCAAAAUUCUUAACAUGUCAAAGGAUGUGAUUGAGAUAAAAAUUGAUUUUCUCAAGAAUGAUUUGGGUUGCCCCUUGUCAGUUUUAGUUAAAUUUCCAGCUUUUCUUGGUUAUAAAAUUCAGAGAAUCAAACUUAGAUAUUCCAUGUAUAAUUGGCUGAAAGACCAAGGAGCAGCUGAUCCUGAGUUGGCCUUAAGUACUUUCAUUGGAUGCUCAGAUAGAAAAUUUGUUAGUCAGUUUGUAAAUCGACAUCCUAGUGGCCCGAAAGUUUGGCAAAACUUGAAGAAGGAAUUUGUCCACAAAGAGUGUCUAGUGCAUGCUUCUUGAAUGAGUUUAGCAAGUGGGCAAUCGAGGUGUAUGUUUCUCUUGUAGACUAAAGCUAAUUUAUAAAUUUCUUCAUUUAAUGGCAUGAAGUAUAGAUGCCAUUUUUGGGGGGGCUUGGCCUCUUCUCUUCCUGUAAUAUCCGCUGUUGAUUCGAAAAACUUCUCACAAAUCGUCAGCAAUGUUUACAUUCAAAAGGACUUUGCACUUGGAGAACCUGUUCGAAAACUCUCUCCGGAGUCAUCAUUUACAUGAAGUGGUAUUCAUCAAGCUUCACCAGGGAGACUUUGUUUUCAGGAGAGAAAAACAAAAAAGAAGCAUGAAAAAGCUGAAUCAAAGAAACAUCGCUGAUGAGAAAACUCGAUCACUUGCAUUACUGCAUGUUGUCAGUUCUUUAUUAGUAGAGGCCUUAUCAUUAGUAUGCUGCAGAAAUAGUUCUGGUUGGAAAUACUGACUGUUUGACCACUCUUAGUGACAAGAUAAUGUGGUCUGUUUGGGUGUCUCUGUAAGAGGGACCUCCAUUUUAAGACAAAUGGUGUUGGACAAACAACACACUGCGCUCUGAUUGAGGUUGAAAUGCUACUGAUCCAUGAGAACUUCAUUCGAUGUUACUCAUCCUGGUUUAGAUUGAGUGCAAUUGUCAGGCA